ACUUAUCUCAUCUUCAAUAUCUCAAACUCUUAAGACUAGCCCUUCGUGCAAUCAACUCCCGAAAUGUUGAAAAUUAUAGUUUUUAUUAUUUUUAUGGUUCGCGCGGUUUUGGUCAAGGGCGAACCAAAAGUGCCAUGUUUCUUCAUUUUCGGGGACUCACUGUCCGAGGUUGGAAACAACAAUAACCUCGUGACAAUGGCCAAAGCAAACUACCCGCCGUAUGGGGUUGAUUUUCCUGGCGGUGUACCAACUGGCAGGUUUACAAAUAACCGGACUAUUGAGGAUUAUAUAUCUACAUAUCUGGGAUUCAACAAGUCUAUAGCACCAUAUAGAGACCAAAUGGGUCAAGAUAUAUUGAGAGGUGUCAAUUUCGCAUCUGGUUCUGCUGGAAUUCUCAUGGAAACUGGAUCACAAUUGGGUGAUCGGAUAUGGUUGGAUCGACAAAUACGAAAUUAUAUGAUGACCAUCUUAAGGAUCCAAUUUAUGGUUUUCGGUCCAGUUUCAAACUACUUGAACAAGUGCUUGUACACUGUGAAUAUUGGCAGCAAUGACUACCUUAAUAAUUACUUCAUGCCGCAAUAUUAUCCUUCUCAGAGGCUCUACACCCCUGAUCAGUAUGCUAAUCUACUAAUUUCUCGAUAUAGAUCACAAUUACGGACGCUAUACAAUACUGGUGCUAGAAUGGUAGCAAUUUUCGGUUUGGGUAAUCUUGGUUGCGUUCCGUCUCAAAUUAUGAGGAACAAUGCAACUGACUGUGUAGAUGAAAUCAACCAAGCCGCGAAUUUGUUCAAUACAAAGCUUGAAUCGCUUGUGGAUGAAUUGAAUGCAAGGCUUCCAGGGGCUCAAUUUACACUAAUUAGUCUCUCCGCUCUACAAGCAUUAAGCCCCCUUCCUGAAGCUAUUAAUUCAAACUCGACUUGUUGCACAUUGAGGAGUGAUUUCCAGUGUGAGCCUAAUAGUACACCAUGCGCCAAUCGAGACUUGUAUGCAUUCUUCGACGGAUUUCAUCCAACUGAUGUUGUAAAUGAAGCAGUAGCAGAAGCUGCAUAUAGUUCUCCAGAUCGUCGGAUCGCUAAUCCGAUGAACAUCAAUGAAUUAACUAGCAGUCAGCAGGGCAAAGCGACGUACUAUUAGUGACAUCAAUAUUGUUGCUCCAAAUAUGCGGCUCCAAUAGUCAACAUUCAUAUUUAUUUGCAAUUAUUCCCACUUCUUUAUUUCCCCCCAUUUCGUGUGAUUUCGUGUUGCUAAUAAAAGUGCCCAAAGAUUGAUCUUAAAAUGGUUAACCUGAAUUUCAAUCUUCAAUGUCUCCUGAAUCUAAUAAUUUGUACUUCUGAUGUUACAAAUGAAUUGGACCAUUUAAUAAAAUUAUCUUCAAUAAGAAAGG